AUGGCGUCCGAUGAAGAAGGGACAAGUUCAAGACGUAAAAGGACAUAUAAUUUAACUGCUAAUGACGUUUUUACUUUGUUGGGUCUUGAGAAAGAUACAAAUAACCAAGAAUCUGACUCAGAUGGUAGUAGUGACUUGAAUUUCAGCGAUUUUGAGCUUGAUAAUAGUGAUGAAUCUGAUUGUGAUGCUGAUGUGCAAGAUGUCAUGGAUGUUGACCCAACUGUACCGCAUACUAGCACUUCAAGAAAUAUGGAAAAUUAUUACAGAUUUCGAAAAGGAUUCUGCAUCCUCUGUAGGUGA